ACCUGUGCAUGUCAGCCCUGUAGCCCAACCAACCCCCUGUCCGGCUGUCUUGUCAGGCUGUCAGCCCUCGCAGGCCCAAGGUGUUUCCAAAGUCCUGCCUUUCAGUGGGGUUUCGGGCACCAGACCCUUUGUUUGCAGCCUCGAGUUGCAAGGUUGAGGCCCUGGAACCUCUGGGGAACCCAUCCCCUGCCAACCCCAGCGGGGAGGCUAAUUUUAAGCUGGUUACGGCAAAUGUAGUUAGUCACUGCACCCUGCGUCACUGUUGGGAGAGUCUUCCUGCUCCUGCUCCUGCUGCUGCACCUAUGCUCCAGGUCCGACUCUUUGCUCUUGACCAACGACUCACAACACCAACCACAAGAUCAACGCCACGCCACGCCACACCACGGCCGCGUAGAAAAGGUCGCCGAGCCUCGCAACCUCAUGGCCUACUAAUUCGUUCAACCAGCAUCCGCUACUGUCCCUUCCCCUCCCCCACUCUCCUCUCAACUCCACUGCCUCAUUUGCUGGUCUCGUGCCCCCCAAGUGAGCACAACGUUCUGCGCACCCGACAAGAAAAUCAUGUGUCGCUUUCUGGUCUACAAGGGAAGUGACGAGAUCCUGCUCUCCAAGCUCAUCCUCGAACCGUGCCACUCCAUCCUCAGACAAAGCUUCGACUCUCGCCUUCGACUUGACACGAGACGCGGAGCAAACAAUGCCGAUGGCUUCGGCAUAGGCUACUACACCAGCCCCAAGCUGGGCGCAGAGCCCUGCAUCUUCACCUCGACCACACCCGCCUGGAACGACCCCAACCUGCAGCGAAUCGCCUCAAAGACCGCAUCGAAUCUCAUAUUUGCGCAUGUGCGAGCCACCACUGAGGGCUCCACGUCCCCAGACAACUGCCACCCUUUCGAACAUGGCAGCCUAAUGUGGAUGCACAAUGGCGGACUCGGCGGCUGGAAACACAUCAAGCGUAGACUGGCUGAGCGUCUCGCCGACAAGUGGUAUCUAGGCGUGCGGGGAGGCACCGACAGCGAAUGGGCCUUUGCAUUGUUCCUCGACACGCUGGAGCGCAUGGGUGUCGACCCCAGCUCGUCCCCGAAGAAGGGCUUCGGUCCCAUGGUGCUCAGGAGGGCCAUGUUGAAGACCAUCGCGCAGAUCAACGACCUGAUCGACCAGAUUCCUGAGAGCACCUUGCACAGCGAGAACAUCGACACACGAAGUCUUCUCAACUUCUGCGUGUCAGACGGUCACAGCAUCAUUUGCACCAGAUACAUCAACAGCUCCACAGAUGAAGCCGCUAGUCUGUAUUACUCCUCGGGCUCCCAAUGGGAGACGAGGCAGCAUGAUGACAAUGAGAAUUAUCAAAUGAAGAGGCGCGACAAGGGCGCAGAUGUGGUGCUCGUCUCCAGUGAGCCUCUGACAUUUGAAAGAGAAAACUGGAUCAAUGUCCCCACCAACUCCAUCCUGACCAUCCAUGACCAGACCGCUUUCGUUCAGCCGAUAAUAGACCAGUUCCAUCACAAAGACCCCUGGCAUCGUCGCUCAGCUGGCUUCGUUCAGAGCAAAGGUCUCGCCGCGAACGAAAAGGCACCCACGCCUCUCUCGAUAUCCACUCCGGCCAUGGUCGUCCCCGGGGCCAAUUUGCAGGCGGACAUGUUUCACAGAAGAGCCAACUUGGUACCAACAAUACCAUUCAUGAGGUCCAUGACGCCUCAAAUCUUGAGGACCACGACUUCCGAGGCACCCAGCAGCAUUGCCACCGCAUCGCCUCGACCUUCUUUGUCGACCGUCGAUACUAGCAAAAGCACAGAUUUCAGAACAGUGACAGGUCCACCAGUGAGCAGACAGGCGUCUACCUCGAAUCCGCCGAAUCCACCAGUGUUAGGAAACAUCAAGAAGAAGAGGAUGUCGCUCGGCAAUCUGGAGCAGCUUCAAGGGCCGUCUUCGUCGUCAGAAACAGAGCCGCCGACCCCGAUGAGUCCGCUAGACAGAACAUCUUACGGCGAUCCGAACAAGAUCGCACAAUACUUUCCAGAGCUUACUCUUUCGCCCUGAGGGCUGGGCACUAGCUUCGGAGUCCAUGUGUUCGAAAUUCCUUGUCCCUACACAAUUUUCAGGUCCAAAUUUGAGAUAUAGAUCGCAAGCUCAAUCCUUUUCGGAUCAAGUAAGGCGCUCAGGAGUACUAAAGCAUUUUGUGGCAAGGCAAAUGCUUGAGGUUGUAUUUAUGCUUCUCUCGCGGCAUAUUAGACUAUUGUUCAAUAACACACAAAUACAUGGAGAUUUGUUAUGAA